AUGGACGAGACGGUUGGUAAUUCUGCAGUAAAGUAAGUGAUGUCAUGUACAAGGUUGAUGGUUUUUAGACCUGCCGGAAAUCAAAAACCGAUAACGCCUGAUAACAUUCGUCGCCGAAACAGUGUGGUAAGACUUAUAAAUGUUUAGUACUUUGUUUUUAGAAUGAUAAAGCUUCUGGCAGUGCAAGAAAGCCGAACAACCCGAUAAAGGACGAUAAGUAAGUUAUCAAACGGUCGAUAAAUGAUGUUUUUUUUUGUUUUAGUGAUUCAGAAAGACGAAGCUCUUGGCAGGAUUCAACAAACUUGUACUUGAGUAAGUUUUGAAAGUUAGUUAAUUGUUAUUUAAUUUUGUUUUAGCGUUAAACGGUCAUUACCACCCAGUAGAUGUGUCUGAUCGCGUAGCUCGUAUGUACGACAACCCUAUGUUUGCUGAUGUAGCGUUUUUGGUCGGAGAAUUUGAAGAGGUAAGUUAGGUUUAUAGGUUAUUAUGUUUUUAGAGACAUACAGCACACAAACUGAUAUUAUCCUUGAGUUCGGAAGUGUUUGGGACAAUGUUAUACAACGACAAGUUUGAACAAAACAUUGUAAAUGGCUGCCAAGAGAUCAAAGUGCCAGACAUUGACUCGGAAACUUUUAAAAAGAUGUUGCAGUUUAUGUACACUGAUGAUAUACAACUAGACAUGGAUUCGGUUAUUCAUGUUUUAUAUUGUGGUAGGUAAAAUACGAGUCGGAUAGUUGCGUUUUUAUGUUCUUAUCGUAAAAUUCGUGUAGGUGUAUUUUAUCUGGAAUUGUAUGGAAAAUUAUUUUUUUAUAUUUGUUAGUUGUUUAUUUUAUAUUAUAUUAUACAUGUAUAUAAAGCUCCUGGAAGAAAUAAUGUGUUUUCAGCUCGGAAGUACGCGAUUCUGAACCUAGAGCGCAAGUGCUCUGAUUACCUACAAGAACACCUAAAUCUGGAGAAUGCUUUUGCCAUUCUCAGCUUGGCCAAACUAUACGAUCAAAGUCAUUUGGCCAGAGUGUGCUUCGAUUUGAUUGAUAACGAAACAAUUGAAGUUCUGAAGACGGAGACCUUCUUGGAACUUAGUCAAGAGAUCCUGAACGAUGUCUUCCGAAGAGAUACGUUGAGAAUUAUGGAGUUGGAGUUGUUUAAUCUGGCAGUAAAAUGGGCCGAAUCUGAAUGUGAAAGAAGAAAGUGGAAUAUCUGUGGAGAGAAUAUCAGGAAGGCUUUGGGUGACACCUUGUAUUCUAUUAGGUUUCCACUGAUUGACUUUAAAGAUUUUUCGAAUUUGAUUAGUGAGUUUUUAAAUUUUGGUUUUUGGGGUGGAUUUUGUUUGAAUUGGUAUAAAAUUAAGCUUUUCUUUUGCCAAAGUUCAAUUUUUUCUAAAUAAAAAAAAACCUAAUCAAAAUGACAUUACUGGGCUAAAACUAAUAAAAAAAUAUGUUUCAGCCAAAUAUCCAGGCCUAUUAACCGACAGGGAAUCGUUGGACGUCUUCCUCUAUAAACAUAUGGACCAGAAGCCAAUGAUUCCUUUCACAAUUCGAACUAGGUACAGAGUGUUGGGCAAAGAAUUGGUAAUAACUCGCUUUCAACGCAUCGAAAGUCGCUGGGGUUAUAGUGGAAGUGCUGACAGGAUAAAGUAGGUUGUUUUAUGUUAUGACAGAAGUUUAAAAAUAGUUUCGUUUUAAAAUGGCAUACAAAUUUAGUGGUUGAUUGGAUGGCAGAGGGUUUCCAAAAACUGAAGUUUUUAGCUUUUUUUGGCUUUUUGAAAGUUAUUUUUAUUCGUUAAAAUUCAAGUUAAAAGUUACGGUAAAACAGUUAUUUACUGAUGGUAAACAGUAAUUGUGCAUUAACUUUUGAUACCACAAAAUAUACUUAUAUAUGUAUACCUUGUGACUAUUUUCUUUACUGAAAUGUACUCAAAAAACUUUGUUUACAUACACUGAGGAAGUUUAUACAAGAAAUACUUUUAUAAUUCAGCUACCCUACUCUUUUUUUUAUUAUUUUAGUUAUACAAAUUUCGUAUAAAGUUCAAGGCAUUGUGUUAUUUCAGUUUCUUAAUAAUAUAAUAUAUAUACGCUAUAUAUUAUGUUAGGUCUUUUGUGUAUUUGAUUUGCAACUUUUAAUUGAACGAAUUCGAAAAAAAAGUUUUUGAAAAAACGGAUUAAAAGCGUUGUGCGUCACCGCCUGAAUAUAAUAAAAUGCAAGUAAACGUUUGUAUCCACACUACAAAUCAUUAUUGUUCAAAGUUGAAAAGGUCAUGACAUUCGACCGGGAAAAAGUUGUGGGUCAUAGCAAUGUGGAUUUUAAAUGACUAUAACCAUUAAGGUAAAUGAUGGUAAAUAUUAGAGACGGGCUAUGAAGGUUUAUUGUAGAUUAAAAAAAAGUUUAUACACAAACUAUACAAAGGUUAAUACAGUAAUGUUGUUUUAAGGUCGUUUGUAAUGAACUUUUAACAUUAGAUUAAAACAAGCAAUGAAAAUGUUUUUGAAUCAACUUGAAAAAAAGUUAAGAAAAAAUGUAGAGAAUUAAUCAGAGAUUAGAGUACCUGUUUUCAGAUUUACAGUAGAUGCGCCAAUAUUCAUCACGGCUUUGGGGCUGUACGGGUCUAUGCAUGGGCCAUAUCAAUAUGCGGUUAAAAUGGAGGUAAGGGCUUAUCUCUUGGUUUGAAUCAAUGUUUUUGGGAGUUUAGUCUAAAAUUCAGUUCUAUAUAGGCUAGAUAUACAUGUUUAUGAUAUAGCGACAAAAUACAAAGAAUAGAUUGGAUUGGGGUUAAAAGGGGGCUUGCUAGGAUUGGUCUGGCUCCGGGCAUGAUUAGGCCGGGAGCAAGUUUUAAAGAGGUGAUACUGGCACAUAAUGGACCGAAGGUCCAGGCUUAAACUAAGGUUCAGCAUGUCCAGGCUGAUACAUGGAGUUUGAUCAGGUUCUUUUAAAGGUAAAAUAAAAGUUUUGGUAUAGACCUGUGUGGAUAAUUGCUGAGAUAAAAUGAUAUGGCUAAAGCUAGAAAUUCUUUUUUAGAUAACUGACUUCUCUUCGAACAAGCAUAUCGCUGUAAAUGAGACUACCUUUCAAUGUGAUGGCAGUGCUGGAGUCUUCAGGGUACCUUUCAAAGAACCUGUUGAGAUUUUGGCUAAUGUCACUUAUGAAAUAUCCGCCACUAUUAAGGUUGGUUUUUGCUUAUUGUAGCAACAUGUUGAAGGAAACAAUGCCGUAUUUUACACUAACAAGUCGUGUUUAAUAUAAUUUUUCAAAAUCUUCAGGGUCCGGACUCACAUUACGGUGCGAAAGGUCUUCGUCGUAUAUCACGUCACUCUCCGCAGGGUACUAUCACAUUUCAGUUCAGUUAUGCUCAUGGUACGAACAAUGGCACAUCAGUUGACGAUGGGCAGAUACCUGAGAUCAUAUUUUGUUUGAAGGAGGGGUAA